AUGCGCUUCUCAACCAUCUUGACGACAGCCGUAGCUUUGCUACUGGCCCCGACCGCCCUGGCCGACCCUCCAUCAGGGGCAUCUUGGGGCAGCGAAACCACUAUCACCAUUACAUCUUCAUAUGAAACCACUUUGACCGUCACAAAGACUUUGACUUGGGCAAACGUCACACUGACCAGCACGAUCUCAAGUCCGCACAAUGCGACCACAAUCGCCGUCUCAACGACUGGUCCCGCCAAGACGACUGGAUCAUCAGUCCCAACUACGACGACCCCAUUAAUUGCUGCAGCUACCGGAGCCGCAAACAACAAUCAAGUGAACCUCGCCAUGGCCGGUAUUGCCGGAGCCGCUGUCAUGGUCUUGGGGUCAUUAUAA